AUGCAAUCGGGGAAGAGAGCGACGGAGUCCGUGAAGGAGGCGGCGGCCGGCAUCGCGGCCUCGGCGCAGGCGGGGAUGGAGAAGACCAAGGCGACCGUGCAGGAGAAGGUGGAGAAGGCGACGGCCCGGACGCCGGCGGAGAAGGCCGCGGCGGAGGCGAAGAAGCAGGAGAAGGUCCGUGAGGCCGAGAUUGUGAAGCAGGAGGCGAUGUGGCGCCACGAAGAGCCGGGGGUGGUGGCGGGGCACCCGAUCGGCGGGCAAGGCAUAGAGGGGGUGACGGAGUCACGGCCGAUCGGCAGGGCGACGGGGACGGGGCGGCCAUCGGCGGCGCAUAACCCCUUCGUGGGAUCGGAGGAGCCGGUGGCGCGUGGCACGGGCGACCACGACACUUAG